UGAGUCAGUUGAGGCUGAGACUUGAGCGGGACCACAACUGAAAACUGAAAUUCGAUCGCGUUUCGGGCUAAAUCUUUCAAAAGUCGCUAUCAGUAUCUGUGUUGCAUAUAGGAAUAAACAUAUACAUAUACUUUAUAUAAAUAUAUAGUCAAAGGAAACAUGGCCAAGUGGCUUUUGGGCCUUUGGUUGGUGCUCUUGGUGGGGCAUGGGGCGAAUGCUUAUCAUUCUGGCGGCUACCGGACGACAGGCGGCGAUCAGGCGGAACAAGCCGGGUUAUCGGCAGGGCACUCGAUGCACGGCAGCAGCGGGAACAUUCAAGAGCAGCCCAUCUACGAACGGCCAUCGGUAGGUGGAGGAGGAGCGGGAGGAGCCUGUCCCGCGCAGUUCUCAGGAGUGGUGUCCUAUCCCUAUGACUGCCAUCGCUACGUGAACUGCCACAAUGGCAGCCCCACCAUCCAGACCUGUGCACCCGGCACCCUGUUCAAUGCCGCAACCCUGGUCUGCGAUCAUCCCAGCAAUGUGGCAUGUGCAGCGCCAGCGGGAGCAGCAGCAGCUCAGCCGAAUCGAUCGGCGCGCCUGAGGGAAGUGGACGCAGAGCCGAGGUGUACGCCCGGAGUGAUUGGAUUGCAGCCACAUCCGACGGAUUGCACAAAGUUCCUCAACUGUGCCAACGGACAGGCCUUUGUGCAGGACUGCGGACCGGGCACGGCAUUCAGUCCGUCCUCCCUGGUCUGUGUCCACAAGAGCACCGUCGACUGUGGGGCAGAAGCUCCGGCCGGACACGGCUACCCCCAAGUCUCCGCGGAAGUGCCCAGCUGUCCCCCCGGUCUGCGUGGGCGGCAUCAGCAUCACCAUGAUCCGCACAAGUAUCUGGUAUGCGGCAUCGGUGUCCAAGCGAGGGUAGAGCAGUGUUCCCCUGGGCAGAUCUUCGAUGCCCACCGAUUGGUAUGUGUUUUUUCAGCCUCCUCCUCCCAGUCGUCCUCUGUUGCCUUCACAUCCUCGGAGCUUCACGUCAGCGAUCUCCUGUGCCCAGCUGGAGCGAAGGGUCUCUUUGUGCAUCCCUUCGAUCAGACCAAGUUCCUCAACUGCCAGGCCGGAAAGGUGGCCGUUCAGAGCUGCCAGCCCGGCUUCGUGUUCAGCAUAUCCAAGGGGUAUUGUCAUCUGAAAUCUCAGCUGGCAUUCGGCGAUUAUGUGACUUAUGUUAUCUCUGAGACUAGCUUCGAGUAUUCCCUGAUGCUUACUGCAUGUCCUGAUGGCCUGGAAGGACUCCAUCUCUAUCCCUACGAUGCUGGCAAAUAUGUGCGCUGCUUCGCCAGUGGCCAAUUGUCCAUCCUCGACUGUGGGCCACAGAAUGCCUUCAGCUUGUCGCAAAGAGAUUGUCGGCCGCGCCGUCAAGUGAACACUGGGGACCGGGUCAAGUUUUGGGAGGAAAUAGAAGUUCAGACGACCACCUAUAGCUACCAGCAGAAUCAGAGGGCGUCCCUGCUUAAAGAUUGCCCCCUCAACCUGCAGGGCAACUACCCCUAUCCCUUCCAUGCGGGUCACUUUGUCAAGUGCCAGCAGGGGCUGCUCCAGGUAGAAUUCUGUCCAGCUGGCUUCGUCUUCAGUCUGUCCCAGCGCGUGUGUGCGGCCCGCCAGCUCCUCCCUGCCCAUGACUAUCUGGAUUAUUCCUACAUCAGCGUUGAGUUCUCCACUGAAUUUAUGCAGGAUUUAACGGCGGUUACAUGUCCUCCCCAGAGCAGGGGCUACUACCUGCAUCCCUUCGACUGCACCAAGUAUCUCAGGUGCCUCGAUCAGCAGACAGUCAUCGAAAGCUGCCCGCAGGGACAGCUGUUCAGCAUCUCCAUGCAGCGAUGUGUGGCCCAGGAUCAACUGGCAGCCAACUACGAUCGUGUGGAGUAUCUGCGGGAGGCGCAACACGAACUGAGUGAAGGUGUCGCGGGACGACAGUCGCAUGGCAAGAAUCUGAAUGCAAAUGGCGAUGCUUCGUGUCCUCCCGGGGCCACUGGUCUGCAAGCCCAUCCGCUCGACUGCACCAAGUUCCUCAACUGCGCCAAUGGACAGACCUUCGUUCAGAGCUGUGGGCCGGGAACUGCAUGGAGCACGGCCAGCGGCACCUGUGAUUUUGCCUUUAACGUGGACUGCAGCGGCCGGAGUGGAACAAGUCAAGCGCCAGCCCAGCCGAGCGGUCCAGAGCAUAUCUACGCCCCCACGCAGCCUACCAAACUCUAAUCCGUGUGCCCCCUCUCAGCCACGCCUUCCACUGCUGUGGAAGCUCUCGAGAAUGCUGGCGAUCUGCUGUGCCCCGCUGGCGUGGAUGGUCUCUUUGUCCAUCCCUUCGAUCAGACCAAGUUCCUCAAUUGUAGGGCCGGAAAGGUGGCCGUUCAGGGCUGCCAGCCCGGCUACGUGUUCAGCAUAUCGAAGGGGCAGUGCCAGCUCAAGUCCCAGUUGGUCUACUCCGACUAUGUGGCGUACAUCGUCUCGGAGAUCAGCUACGAGUAUUCAAUGAUCCUGUCCGCUUGUCCGGCUGGCACCGACGGCCCCCAUCUCUAUCCCUACGAUGCUGGCAAAUUUGUUCAAUGCUCCGCUGGCAAGAUGUCCGUGCUCGCCUGUUUCCCGCAGAUGGCCUUCAGUCUGUCGCAGAAGGCUUGCCGGCCGCGGGGUCAAGUGAAUGGCGGAGAUCGCGUCAAGUUCUGGGAGGAGCUGCAGGUUCAGACCACGUACAGCUAUCAAGACACUCAGACCUCGCCAUCUCCGCUCAAAUCGUGUCCCCGAAGUCUCCAGGGCAACUACCCCUAUCCCUUCCAUGCGGGUCACUUUGUCAAGUGCCAGAAUGGGCUGCUCCAGGUGGAAUUCUGUCCAGCUGGCUUCGACUUCAGUCUGUCCCAGCGCGAGUGUGCGGCCCGCCAGCACCUCCCUGCCCAUGACUAUCUGGACUACGAAUACCUCAGGGGCCAGUUCUCGACUGACUUUAUGCAGGACCUCACAAUGAUCACGUGUCCGCCCCGCACCCACGGCUACUAUCUGCAUCCCUUUGACUGCACCAAGUAUGUGAUCUGCUGGGAUGAGCAGACCGCCAUCGAGAGCUGCAAGCAGGGCAAGGUGUUCAGCAUCUCGCAGCAGCUGUGCGUGGCCAGGGAUGAGGUGGCGGCUGCCAACGAUCGCGUGGAGUAUCUGAGCGAGACGCAGCAUGAACUGAGCGAAGAGGCCGACGCAGAGGCGCCCUUGCCAGGCAGGGCAUUUCCCCUCCCACUUGACGGUGGUGGCUAUCAGCCACAACCCUCAGCACCUGCGCUUGACGGAGCUUACGGGGAAUCGCAGGGCAGAGGCGGCUACCCACCACAACCAGCUGCACCUGGAUUUGGGGGGGAAAAUCAAGCAUCGUUUCGGAGCGGCUUCCAACAUGCCGGAGGAUACACGCCACAGCAACCUGUACCCGUACCUGUCCUUGGCGGAGGAUACUCGCCACCGCCAACCGCACCUGCAGCUAGCGGAGGAUACCAACCAACUGGAGCUACCUACUUGGGCGGAGGAUACGGGCAGUCGCAGGGCAGGAGCUACCCGCAAGAAGGAGGCUACCAGCCCGCGCCUGCUGCUUUGCUGUGUCCGGCCAGAGUGACGGGCCUGUUCCCGAAUCCCUUUGAUGCCAUGGGCUAUCUGCAUUGCCUGGAGGGACACACUCUGCCACGGAGAUGUUCGAGCGAGGAUGUCUUUAGCAUUUCGCGCGGUUUUUGCGUGCCUCAAGGGCAGGUGGCCCGCUGGGAUCGCAUACAGCAUAGCCAGCAGAGAUCCGUGGAGGAGGCUGCCUCUGUGAGAUGUCCGACGGGUGCCAGUGGCUACUUUGUCUAUCCUUUCGACUGCUCAAAGUUCGUGAGCUGCGGGCCAGACGGAAUGCUGCUGACGAGCUGUCCCGCAGACCAAUAUUUCAGUGUAUUCCACGGUCUGUGCCAGCCCAAGGAGCAGGUGAAGCGCGAGGAUCGCCUCUACACGCACACCGAGCUGCUGAUCAUCUACGAAUGGACGCAGCAAAUGAAGGCCGAGGGUGCCAUUCCCGUCUGCCCAGUGGGGAUCGGUGGUUCCCUGCCGCAUCCGCGCAUUGCGAGCAAGUUCAUCAGAUGCCAGCCGGGGCAGGCCGAGAUCUACGACUGUCCGAGUGGGCAGAUUUUCAGCAUUUCCCGUCGAUUGUGUGUGCCGGACGCCGAGCUGCCCAGCCACGAUCGCUGCGAUUACAUCGUCGGGGGUGAAGGGGAAGCCUCCUAUGGAGGCUGGAGGGAUCAGCCGAAUGACCAUCGCCAGUCCAAGACGUACGAGACGGCUGGCCAGGAUCCGUGGGGCAACCAUUAUGUGGCCAGGACAACGACCACGACGCGAGUGGUGGGCGAGGGCGAUCGUUGGAGGGACAUGAAUAUGCAGCGUCCUCCGGGCAUCGGCUUCCAGCACAGUCCCCAGUACCACGGCUGGUCCGGCCAGGGCAGCUCCUACGCCCAUCGCAGCCCCACCCAGAGGGUGCUCUAUGUGGAGAGUUCGCUACAGCCCAACCGUAAUUAUCCUACAUCUAAGACUCCUCUGGCCCCCAUGGCUCCCAGCACUCCUCUGGCCCCCAUGGCGCCCAGCACUCCUGGCCAGGUGUUCUACGCCGAACCCGUUGAGCAGGAACAGAACCGACGAGUACCCGCUCCAGGCAGCAGUCCCAACUACAGCCCCAGGGUGGAUCAUGGCUCACCAGCACCCCCCAACAGAUGGCAGCCCAUUGCCCCGAACCAAACGCCAUCAAUGCCUCCACUCGCUCCGCUCGCUGGACAACAGCCCCUAGACCUCGACUAUAGCCCCGACAAUGCACCGACAUACAAUCAGCAUCAGCCCAGUGGCCAGCCCAGGGACCUCCAUUCCAGAACUCCUCCAGCAGGACAGCAGCCAAUCGACUUGAACUACAAUCCACAGGAGCCUCAGACCUAUCCUCAAGCACCCAAUCGGGGAUUGCUGCCACCCAAUCGGGAGCCCGAUCAGCUGCCCAGUGAAUCCCAUCAGAUAGGCACCCGCUUCAAUCCAAGUGCCCCACUGCAGCCCCAUUUAGCCAGUCCCAGCAGUCGGGCAACUCCUUCCGAUGAAUCGAAUCUCUAUGGGGGUUUGCUGCCUCCCAGUCCCAGUCCCACUCCCAGUUCCAGUCCGAGUCCCAGUCCGAUACCGACAACAAAGACGCCCCCGAGGCUGCACACGUAUCCCAUCUAUCCGCGCAUAGCCAAUGCCUCGGUGCCACAGAGUGGCAGUCAACCGCAUUAUAGUCCCUCGUAUGCGGGCAUCGCCCAUUCGCGUAAUGCCUCCUGGGCCAAGGGGUCGUCAGUGGUAACCAGCACGACGACAGCCGACCCCGACUACAGUCUGUUCGGCUCUGACGACGAUUUUGACUACGAUGAGACAGAUCUCCCCAGGGGCGAUGAGCAACCAGAGACGACCACAACAACGACCGCAAGCCGUGGCUAUGCGCGGCCGCCUCCCUACAAUCACCAGUUUUAUGCUACCCCCAGGAGCCCCUUCUCCCAAGCGCCCACAACGCCCGAUUCAGUCUCCCAGCUGGCCAUCAGUGAGGCACUGAAGCUCAUGCUGCGCCCCUACUUCAAUCACAGCGGCAAUGCCCAGGACAGGCAGGCCAAGCAGGCGGAAUUGGCAAUUGUCUCUGUGAUUAGCCAGCCACCAACCAGUACUAGCACCACGACGACAACCACAACAACAACUCCAAUCCCUGUUAGAAUAUCAACGACAACACCCAAUCCAGACGAUGACGCCGAACUGAUUAGGGCCGGGGAACAGGAGAGCUUGGACCUAACUGACGACGACUCUGACUCUGACCCUGACUCUGUUUUUCCAGAUGCUGGGGAAACGGCCCGUACCGAGCAGACAGUAGAUCCCAUCACAUACCAGUCCCCGACCGACUACCAUCGGAGCACCCGCACAGCGGAUAUCGAAACCACAACGAAAGCAAUCAAUUGGCACGCGUCCGGUCACAGUCGUGACUUCCACAGACGCCAUCCAAAUCUCCUCGAUCCGCACUCGCUGCGCCCCCUGCAAAGACACAAUCACCUUCCCCCCCAUCACCACAAUCCGCACAGACACCACCACGAGCACAGUCACAGUCCCGACUUCCAUCGUCGCCAUCCAGAGAUGCCCAAUCCCUUCAGCAAAAAAAAAACUCCAGCCGAAUGGCAGCAGCCAGAGGAGGAGCAGGAGACGGAGAAGGAGACGGAGAAGGAGGAGAACGACUGGGAGCUGAUGGCCAAUCCGAAUGCCGAGUCUGUCACACCCCGAAUCGGUGUGCGAAGCUCCUUCAAUGAUAGCUGCGAAUUCGAUUGCCAGAACGGAAAGUGCGUGCCGCAGGCCUCUGUCUGUGAUGGCGUCAAUCACUGUGGCAAUCGUCGGGACGAGAGCAACUGCCACCACUUGGGCUACGAGGUGCGUCUGACCGGCGGCGAGCAGCCGCACAUGGGUCGGAUAUCGGUCAAGAUCAAUGGCCAGUGGGGCUAUGUGUGCGAUGACAAGUUUGGGCUGCGGGACGCCGAUGUGGUGUGCCGCGAGCUGGGCUACAAAUUGGGCGCCCAAGAGGUACGCGGCAGCUCCUUUUAUGCACCUGGCGAUCAGAACUUCAACUACGCCAUGGACGAGGUCGAGUGCCAGGGCAACGAAACGAUGCUCAAGGAUUGCGACUUCAAGGGCUGGGGCGUCCACAAUUGCGGCGUCGAUGAGGUGGCCGGCGUGGCGUGCAAGGUGCCCGUGAUGAAGUGCCCGGACAACUACUGGCUCUGUCAGACCUCCAAGGAGUGCAUUCCGCCCGCCUUCGUCUGCGACCACACGGCCGACUGUGCGGAUAAGUCGGACGAAAGCCCGACCGUCUGUCAGGCACCUGUUGAGUUCCGUUUGGAGGGAGGACGCAGCUCCAAUGAGGGGCGACUGGAGGUCAAGUACCAUGGCGUGUGGGGUAGCGUGUGCGACGAUGACUUCAACUUGAAGUCCGCGCAGGUGGCAUGCAACUCCCUGGGCUACUAUGGGCCAGCGAAACUGGAGAAUAACAUCUUUGGGCAUGCGAACGGACCCAUUUGGCUGGAUCAGGUGAUGUGCUUUGGCAAUGAGAGCAGCAUCGACAAGUGCAGCCACUGGAACUGGGGCGAUCACAACUGCAAUCACACCGAGGAUGUGGCCCUGCAUUGCGCGGCAGGACCUCCGCCUCGAGCAGCCAGCCGCCUCAAGGCGUUGAAGCAGGCUGGCGCAGGGAAGAGCGCAGCUCUGACCUACUCCGACAUUGGACUGUGGGAGCGGUCCAGCCGAGCCAUGCGCUCGCCUCGGCGCUGCGGCAUCUUCAAGGACGACCUGUCGGAUGAGUAUGCCGCCCAUGGCGGGGAGCGUGUGAUCAAGGGCAACACGGCGCGUCGGGGCCGUCAUCCUUGGCAGGCCACCAUUCGAACACGAGGACGUGGCGGCAUCUCCAGCCACUGGUGCGGCGCCGUGGUGAUCUCCAAGCGUCACCUGCUCACAGCCGCCCACUGUCUGUAUGGCAACGCGAAGGAUGCGUACUUUGUGCGCGUGGGCGAUCACUAUGCCAACAUAGCCGAGUCCUCCGAGGUGGACACCUUCAUUGAGAAGUGGUACACGCACGAGAAGUUCCGCGACGGCACCCACAUGAACAACGACAUCGCUGUGGUGGUGCUGAAGCGGCCCCUCAAGUUCAGCGACUAUGUCCAGCCCAUCUGUCUGCCGGACAAGAACGCGGUGCUCCGAGCCAAUCGAAACUGCACAAUCUCCGGCUGGGGCUCCAUCAAAUCGGGUGUGUCCACUCCUGCCCAGGUGCUGAGAUCUGCGGAGCUGCCCAUUCUGCCGGAUGCCACCUGCAAGCAAUCGAAAGUCUAUGGCUCAGCCAUGUCCGAGGGCAUGUUCUGUGCUGGUUCCAUGGACGAGAGUGUAGAUGCCUGCGAGGGCGACUCUGGCGGUCCGCUCGUCUGCUCUGAUGACGAUGGCGAAACCUUGUAUGGCCUCAUAUCGUGGGGCCAGCACUGCGGCUACAUGAACAGGCCAGGUGUCUAUGUGCGUGUGAACCAUUAUAUCGAUUGGAUCUACGAGAAGAUCAACGAGAGCUUGUUGCGCUUUUAGAGGGACCUUCCUUUUCGCUCACACGACUACUGUACCAAUAUAAAUACGAAUUUUGUAAUUUAACUUGUAAUAAAUAAAUAUUGUUUUUAAUUUU